ACAAAUCUAGAAAGAAUGAUUCAUACAAUUCUCUUGAAAAUAAUUACUUGAUAUUCUCUGGUUGAUACCCCAGCACUAAACCCUAAGAAUCUCCUCCAAUUUUCUUUCAUAUUCAUGAACGUGAUUAUUUUGGCUUCUACCAAGUGCCAAAAAAAUGGCAUCUCUAUGCUCCCUCCGAUUCCGCUCUCUAUCUUUUCAGCAUCUAAUUUCCACAAAUGGCGUCAGAAUUGAGCUCAGAACCGAAUUCGGAACCGAUUUUAGUAAUUUGAAGUUUAAUCGUCCAAGAAAUUAUCGUGGAAAACUGGUGUUGACUGCUUGUAGUACCGAUUCUAGCGUUUCAACUGGUCGCAGUGAACAAAAUGCGUUGAAUUUGGAGAAAUCUUUCCAGAAAUUUCAAGAAAUCGUUGCUUCUCUUCCUCCUGUUAUUCUCGCGAUUAGAAGACAUCCGGGAGCUAAUUUAGCACUUGGAUUUGGUAUUGCAAUUACAUGCUUGGCUAUUGCUGUGAGAAUUUAUGUGGCUAGAAGGCUGAGGGAUACACGUCCUGGCUCUGUGGCUGAUCUUGUUAGACGUGGCCAGCUCAGAUCUGAUAGAAGAGGCAUCUCCAAGCCUCUCAAAUAUGAAGACCCAUUUAAUAAUCCUCUGGUCAAAAUAAGCAACAGUAAUUCUACAGUAGAGAUGUGUGGAAAGGUUUAUCGGCUGGAACCUGUAACUUUAACAGAAGAACAGCGAGCAAUUCAUCAGAAGAGGAGAUCUAGAGCAUAUCAGUGGAAGCGACCUAAGGUUUUUCUCAAGGAAGGGGAUACAUUGCCACCUGAUGUUGACCCUGAUACAGUCAGAUGGAUUCCAGCAAAUCAUCCUUUUGCAACUACUGUUAGUGAUAUAGAUGAAGAUCUUGCUCAAAAUAAUGUUUACCAAAAGCAUGGUGUUCCGUUCCGCAUUCAGGCUGAGCACGAGGCAUUGCAAAAGAAGUUGGAGUCCUUGCAGGGUGAGCAAAAAUUCAACAAGUUAGGUAUUGAUCCGGUAAAUGCAAAAGAUUUUGAAAGGGCUUUCAGGACAAUGUCAAAACCUUAUAACGGCCAACUGAAUGAUUCUAAACCUCCCAAAACAGAUCCUGUGCCCACUGAGACAGUAGACAGCAAUUCAGCUUUGGCCGAAGAUGAAAUCUGAAACUGACAUGCGCUGCAAGCAGCUUUAUCUGCCAGCAUCGCAUAUUUUGAUCCGUGGUGAAGUUUUCGAUGUCAGCAUCAUAUGUUUCAAUCUGUGGUAAAGUUUUGAAUGUCAGAGUUGAUCAUCUUAUAUAGUUCAUAUGGCAGUGUACAGAAAUUCUGAGUGUAUUAACAGAGUUCAGUUGCUAUCUACCUUUAUGCAAGUCUCUUGAAGGUGCUGUACAGAAAAUUAUGAAGCUCAGUAGUAAAGUCUAUUUAGCAAAGUUCAGUUUGCUUUCCUCUA